GCGCAAUCGCCGACAAGCCGCUGUGUGCGCAUGCGUGACUAGACGUGGCAGCACAGCGGCAUCAUGGCCUCUCGGAACCGCUUCAGGAGUCGGAUGAGGGAGGGCAAAAUGCUCUUCUUGGUCCUCCUGGUGUGGCUAUCAUCGCUGCUGGAUGCGGUCAAGGUGUCCCCCCUCAUAGAGAAGGUCAGCGACCACAAAGACUUGAAGAAACUGCUCAGGACCAGAACCAACGUUCUGGUGCUCUACACCAAGACAGCUUCAUCAGGAGAUGCCCACCUGAAGCUGCUGUCAGACGUUGCCCAGACAGUCAAGGGCCAGGGGACCAUUGCCUGGGUCAACUGUGGGGACUCCGAGGGCCGUAAGCUCUGCAAGAAAGUCAAAGUGGACCCGAGCUCCAAAAGCGGCGGUAUCGAGUUGCUUCAUUACAAAGAUGGAACCUUCCAUACGGAGUACAACCGGCCCGCUACUUUCAAGUCCAUGGUGGCCUUCCUGAAGGACCCCUCAGGACCUCCACUGUGGGAGGAAAACCCAGAAGCAAAAGACAUUGUUCACGUAGAAACAGAAAAAGACUUCAGGAAGCUCCUGAAGAAAGAGGAUAGGCCGAUCCUCAUGAUGUUCUACGCUCCAUGGUGCGGCGUCUGUAAGAGGAUGCAGCCCGUCUUUCAGCAAGCAGCCACAGAAACAAAGGGACGAUACGUCCUGGCCGGCAUGAACGUGCACCCGGCCGAGUUCGACGGCCUCAAGCAGGAAUUCAACGUGAAAGGCUACCCGACCUUCUGCUACUUCGAGAAAGGCAAGUUCCUCUACCACUACGAGAACUACGGUGCUACAGCCAAGGACAUCGCAGACUGGAUGAAGAACCCUCAGCCCGUUCAGCCAAAGAGCCCUGAGGUGCCAUGGUCCGAGACCGAGUCAGCCGUCUUCCACCUCACAGACGAGUCCUUUGACCGCUUCCUGGACGAGCAUCCGGCUGUCCUCAUCAUGUUCUACGCCCCCUGGUGUGGCCACUGCAAGAAGAUGAAGCCAGCAUAUGAAGAAGCUGCCGAAACGCUCAACAAAGACAAAGAGAGUCCUGGCGUGCUGGCAGCGCUGGACGCCACAGUCCACAAAGCCAUCGGGGAUCGCUUCAAGAUUUCGGGCUUCCCUACGUUGAAGUACUUUGAGAAGGGACAGGACACGUACACACUGCCGCAGCUCCGCAGCAAAGACAAGAUCAUCGAGUUCAUGCACAAUCCGCAGGCGCCGCCCCCACCGGAGCAGUCUUGGGAGGAGAAGCCCUCCAGUGUUGUCCAUCUCGGGUCGGAGGACUUCCGAGAAGCUCUGAAGAAGAAGAAACACGCUCUGGUCAUGUUCUACGCUCCUUGGUGUCCGCACUGUAAAAACGCCGUGCCUCACUUCACCACCGCAGCAGAACUUUUUAAAGAGGACCGCAAGAUUGCGUACGCGGCGGUGGACUGCACCAAAGGACAGAACCAGGACCUGUGCAAGCAGGAGGGGGUGGAGGGCUACCCCACCUUCAACCACUACAACUACGGCAAGUUCGUGGACAAGUACCACGGAGACCGCGGGGAAGCAGGCUUCAUCGGCUUCAUGCGCAGCCUGCGAGGCCGCGAUCAGGAGAAAGUCAUCAAGAAGAAGGAGGAGCUCUGAAAUGAGGCGUUGAGGUUGUGGGGGGGGGUAGCCACGCACUUGCCGUCCCCCGCCCCAUCAGCACUGACACGGGAGAGACGUGAUGACCUCAGCAAAUCUUUUUAAUACGGUGGUGACCCCUCCCCUUUCCCCCCUCCCCUUUUUGGGGUCCAAAUGAAAGCCGCCCAGACACUGUGACUGACUGACAAGCUAACGCGUAUCUAUGCAAUACCGAGGGUGGCGGCUGGGGGCGCCGUCACUUGACCAUCCCGCCCCCCCUCCUCCAAGAGGGUGACAUCCUCUCUAGGGUUCCGGACUUCACGUAUGGAGCUGCCGUGUGAACAUGCAUGUGAUCAUGUGACCUGACGCUCCCGUAGCAACGCAAGGCCAAAGGACCAGAUGCGUUGCAGUGUGCCACAAAGAAAAGAAUGCCUGGGAAUGCCGGAGUGGUGUUACCAUAACACCACUGGAUGUCGACUGGCCAGAUGAGUGUCGCUGUAAAGGAAGUGUGCACCUGAAAGGAUGCUGGUUAUCCUGCUGCUAUUCGUCAUCAUCCGGGCGCCACUGUCAGAUGUGCUGAGUGCAGCUUCUUCUUCAUUUAUGGAGCCUGACCGUACAGAAAAAUGUCCAAAGCAAAACACACAAACGGUCACCGGGCCGAGGCUCGUUGCUAGCAUGGCUAGAGUAGUUACCGAGGAACUAAGGUACAUAUAUUUAGAGUGGUUACUGAUGAGCUAAGGUGCGUACAUUUAGAUUGGUUACAGAGGGACUAAUAUGCAUACAUUUAGAGUGGUUACUGGGGAGCUAAGGUGCAUACAUGUAGAGUAGUUACGAAGGAACAAUGGUACAUAUAUUUAGAGUGGUUGCUGAUGAGCUAAGGUGCAUACAUUUAGAUUGGUUAGGAGGGACUAAUGUGCAUGCAUUUAGAGUGGUUACAGAGGGACUAAUAUGCAUACAUUUAGAGUGGUUACUGGGGAACUAAGGUGCAUACAUUUAUAGUAGUUACCAAGGAACUCAGGUACAUAUAUUUAGAGUGGUUACAUGGGGGGGGCUAAUAUGCAUACAUUUAGAGUGGUUACUGGGGAACUAAGGUGCAUACAUUUAGAGUAGUUACUAAUGAACUAAGGCACAUACAUGUAGAUUAGUUACUGAAAAACAAAUGGCUAGAGUAGUUACGGAGGAACUAAGGCGCAUACAUUUAGAGUAGUUACGGAGGAACUAAGGCGCAUACAUUUAGAGUAGUUACGGAGGAACUAAGGUGCAUACAUUUAGAGUAGUUACAGAGAAACUAAGGCACAUACAUUUAGAGUAGUUACGGAGGAACUAAGGUGCAUACAUUUAAAUAGCAAACGGUUUCGUAUGCUCCUUUAAUAUCAAUAAAUCAAGUUUAAGUUAAUUGAAACUAAAUGAAAUAAAAU